AUGGGUACAGAUAGCAAAACAGGUACACAUCAACCAUCUUCGAAAGUAACUGUUGUGUCGUCAUCAUCAUCGUCGAAAAAUAUAAAAAAGAAAAAAACAAAAGCUAGUCAUCAUAAAUCUAAACAUAAUAAACAAACACGUUCUGAAUCAUCAUCAUCAAGAUCAUCUGAUGAAUAUGGACGUAAUAUACCAUCAUCAUCAUCAAAAAAAUCAUCCAAUAAAACAAAAAAUUCUAAAGACAAACCAAAACCUACUUCAACAAAUGAAACACGUAAUAAUGAAAAAAAAUCGUCCAAUAAUAAUAAUAAUAAAAAAAAAUCACAGCGUUCAAAACGUGAUUCAUCUGGAUCAUCAUCAAAACGAAAUAAUCCAACAAGAAGUCGAACAAGAUCUCGAAGUGAAAGAUCUAGUGACAGAUCAUCAUCACGAGAAACACCAACACGUUAUCGUCAUAAAAAUUCACUUCGUCGUUCUAAUUCAAACAUGCAAAAUGUUUAUGCACCUAUGACACAUUCAAAUUUUCCUCCAAAUAUGCCACGUCAUUAUUUACCUCCAGGUAUGCAUCCUCGAGGUGGUCGAAUGCCUCCUUUUAUGGCAUCACCUAUGAUGGGUGGACCACCUAUGCGUACUAAUAUGAAUCGUCGAUCAGGUGGUAAUGGUCCACCACAAUCUUUACUUGGUGGUUAUCGACCACCAUCAAAUAAUUUUCGUGGUCGUGGUGGUGGCGGUGGUGGUGGUCGUGGUGGUGCAAUGAAUAAUCCUGAUUAUGUUCAUGAUAUGCUUAAUAUGUUACAACAACAACAAAAUAAUCAGAAACCCGGUUCACAAAAAUUUGCUAAUCCAAAUAAUCCAAACAAUCGUUUUUAUCAACAAUUUCAAGAUAAUUAUAAAAAAAUAAGUUCGGGACAAAAAAUAAGUAAUUUAUAUCAAGCAUCAUUUCCUGUUCAACAUAUACCACGUGAAAUGCGUUUUAAUUUUCGUUUACUUGGAAGAAAUAUAUUUACAGCAUCGGAUGAAGAAGCAGAAGAACAAGCAGCAAAUGCUGCUAAUCCACCGGAAAAACGUUCAAAACAACGACGUGAAUCAAGUUCAUCAUCUGAUUCGGAUUCAGAUGAUAAUAAUCGUCGAAAACAUCGUAAUAAUGAUGAUAAUGAUGAUGAAGAUCAAAAACCUAGUAGUAAAUUACGAUCAUCACCAGUCUAUAAACAAUCUAAUGAACAAAAACGUUCAUCUACAAAAAAUAAUCGAAACCGUACAACAUCAACAGCUACGACACAACAUUCAAAAUCAGGAGCACCUUCACAUGAAAAUUUACAAGAUCAAGCUAAUUUUAAUUCAUUAUUAGCUGGUAUUAUGCAAAAUAAUAGUGCUGAAAUGCUUGCUAAUACAUUAGUUAAUGCUGCUGCUGCUGCUAAUCAUAAUAAAAGAGAACGAUCAAGAAAACAACAAGAAGAAGUACAAAAAUUUAAAACUUAUGCUCGAUUUCAACAAAGACAAGCAGCUGCUGGUGGUGUUGUUCCAGCAUCAAAUGUUGAAGAAGUAGAAAAGAAAAUUCAUGGCCUUGCUAGACGAUUACAAAUGAAAACAAUUGGUUUACAUGAUGAUUAUGAAUCACAAGGUAUGAAACGAUCGAAUGAAUCAAGUCCAACAUCAGAAAAUAAUGAACAUCGUCAUCGUUCAUCUGAUUCAAGUUCUGAUCGUUCGAAAGAUAAAGAUGGUGGAAGUGACGCCAGUACAAAUUCACAACGACAACGUAAACUUAAGAAGAAAAAUUUACGAGCAAAUAAAAAAUUAAAUGCUAAUGGACAAUUGAUUGGUUCAAGUGAUAGUGAACAACAUCGUUCUGAUGGCAAUGAUAGUGAUAGAAGCAUGCUUAAUUUAAAUGAAGAUCUUAAACCAAUAGGUUAUUAUAUCAAAGAUCGUGAACGUAUGCUACAUGAAAUGUUUCGAUGUGUUCGUGGACACAAACUUCAGGCUAUUUUACCAGACGUAUUGAAGACACGUUCUCUUGACGAAAUUAAAGCAAAAUGUCUCGAUCAACUCGAUAUUGUAUCGAAGAAACGUAUUCGAACGAUAUUAUUAGCUCAACCAAUGACAUCAUCAAGUGGUACGGAGGACAGUACAGACGAAGAUGAACAAGAUCUCUUUUCAUUAUACCCACAUUUGAAAUCAUCAUUAGACGUAACGAGUAAUAAUGCACCAAACGCUGCAGUCGCAAAUACAACAACACCUUCGGCUGAUAAUAAUAAGAAAUCUUUACCAAAUAGUAAAUUUCGUCCGAUGCAAGCCGUUAGUGAACAUUUUCCACCAGUUCACAAUAGUCUUUCUGCACCUGUUGUUGUUGGUGGUGAUGAAGAUGUUAAUGAUUAUUAUGAAGGUUUUAAACAAAUAAAAAAAUUAGCAAGUCUUCGUCGUAAUCAACAAGAUGAUGAAUUUUUACCAUUUCCUGAUCAAAGUGGUAAACUUUUACCAUCGAUUGGUUCAACAACAGCAAGAUUUGAAUUUAAACCAAUAACUGGUUUAACUCAUAGUCAACAAGCACAUCUUAUUGCACGACGAGCAGCUAAUCGUCAACAACAACAACAAGCUGAAGUACGGCAAGAACUUGAAGAUUUACUUGAUAUCGAUGAUUUUGUUUUACCUGAUGGUGAUCGUCCUUUAUCAGCAGCUGAAUUAUCAGGACGAGAACAACGUCGUUAUGGUUUACCACCAAGAUUACAUCAUAAGAUACCUGCUGGACCGCCGAAAAAAGGAUCAUUAGGUGAUUUACUUAAACAAAAAAAUACACAAUCCGGUGAACGUAGUCCAUCACCAAUGAUCGAUGAAAGAAAUUUCAAACAACAACGACGAAGACGACGACGACAACGUUCACGUUCAUUAAGUUCAACUGGUAGUGCACAAUGGUCACGUUCAUCAUCUUUAUCUAAUAAUGAUGAUCGAUUAUCCCGACAUUCAUCACGUGAAUUGACACCUUUAAAUGAUAAAUCAGAGAAAGUUAUCGAAGAUGAUAUAACUGAUAUGAAUGAUCUAUCAAAAUUACUUGAUUUAAAUGAAGAAGAUGAAUUAUUAUUACUUCAAAUUGAAGUUGAACAAGAAGAACGUAAUAUGCGUCGAGAAGAAAAACGUCGACGAAAAGAAGAAAAAAAGACUAAAAAAUUAGAUAAAAAAACGAAGUUAUUGUCUAAUCAUGAUGAACAAACAUUAAUUCAAGAACGUCUCAAUGACUUAAUUCAACAAUGUCUCAAUGAUUUAAUUGAAAAUAUUAAUUAUCAAGAUGAAAAUAAAAUCAAUUCGAAACGAAUAUUCGAUCACGACGAUGAUGAAUUAUCAAAACGGAUAAAACUAGAUGAAAUAAACUAG